AUGAUGUCUGCGUUGUGUACGAGGAACUUUCUUCGAGCGCGUUCGCUAGAGCGCUCUGCCUCGAGCGUCGUGGAGCUUUCAAAGUUUCAAGACUUUGGUGUGGUUAAUGAGCCCGUGCUUGGAUAUCUCGCUGGAAGCCGCGAGCGUGACGAGCUCACUAGCGAGCUGAAACGCACGGCUGCUGUCACCGAGGAGGUGCCUAUCGUCAUUGGCGAUGAGUACAUUAAAGAGGGUGAACCUCGCCAUCAGGUUAUGCCUCACAACCACUCUCGGUCCAUCGCCAAGUACUACUAUGCUAGCGAGAAGACAAUUCAAAAGGCGAUCAGUGUGUCUGCCGAAGCGCAGCGACGCUGGGAUCGUACUCCUCUUCACGAACGGGUACAAAUCUGGCAGCGUGCUGCAGACCUAAUGGCUGGUGAGCACCGUCAAAAACUCAAUGCUGCAACAAUGCUUGGCCAGUCUAAAUCUGUUGUACAAGCUGAAAUAGAUUCAGCAGCUGAGCUUAUUGAUUUCUUUCGGUUCAAUGUUUUUUUUUUGAAGGAAAAUGCUAAGUAUCAACCAAUAUCUGAAGACCCAUCAGUAACACUUAACUCACUCAGGUUCAGAGGCCUGGAUGGUUUUAUUGCCGCUAUUAGCCCAUUUAACUUUACUGCUAUUGGGGGCAACUUGGCUUACACCCCAGCUCUUAUGGGUAAUGGUGUCUUAUGGAAACCUUCUGACACAGCCCUGCUAUCAAACUGGCGGAUUUUCAACAUAAUGAGGGAAGCUGGUCUUCCUGCAGGAAUAGUAAAUUUUGUACCUGCUGAUGGUCCUACAUUUGGACGCACAAUCACAGCAUCUCCAUUGCUAGCUGGAAUUAACUUUACUGGAUCUGUUCCAACAUUUAACUGGCUAUGGAAUGAGGUAGGAAAGAAUUUGAAUGUGUAUAGCAACUAUCCACGAUUAAUUGGAGAGUGUGGAGGCAAGAACUAUCACUUCAUACAUCCAACAGCUGACAUACAAUCAGUUGUAAAUGGCACAAUCAGAUCAGCAUUUGAAUUUAAUGGUCAAAAGUGUUCAGCUUGCUCAAGAAUGUAUGUUCCUAAAUCACUUUAUGAACCUAUUAAGGAAGGUUUGCUUCAAGAAAGAUCAAAACUUAAAAUUGGAGAUCCUACUGACUUCUCUAUUUUCACUGGGGCAGUAAUUGAUGAUAAAGCAUUUGCAAGAAUUUCUGGCUAUAUCAAACAUGCCAAAAGCAACCCCAAGAAUAAGAUACUUGGUGGAGGAGAGUUUGAUGACAGCAAAGGAUACUUUAUUCAGCCAACCAUCAUUGAAACCAGUGAUCCUCAUGACAAGUUAAUGACUGAAGAAAUCUUUGGACCGGUCCUUACGAUGUAUGUGUAUGACGAUAAGGAUGUAAUGAAGACAGUGUCCCUAGUGGGAUCUUCCACUAAAUUUGCUUUAACUGGAGCUAUAUUUGCUAAGGAUAAGAAGUUCUUGCAAACAGCAUUAGAGGAGUUAAAGAUGACAGCUGGUAAUUUCUAUAUCAAUGAUAAAUCUACUGGAUCAGUAGUAGGACAACAGCCAUUUGGUGGUGGUCGCAUGUCAGGCACUAAUGACAAGGCAGGUGGUCCUAACUAUGUCAUGAGGUGGACUACUCCACAGUCCAUCAAGGAAACCUUUGUCCCCCUGCGAGAAAUUGACUACCCAUACAUGAGGGAUUAA